UGGACUGCCACGAUGCCGAGACCUUACUCCACGACGCCGAGACCUUACUCCACGACGCCGAGACCUUUACUCCACCAAUCCACGCUGUCGCCGGCCGGAUGCCGCUUGGCAGGGUGUUUCGACCCGGUUUCCCACCCGAGGACGGGCCUGUCGUCUUUCGGCGCGGCACGAGAGGGCUGGCUUUGGUUGCGGGUGAAGGCGUUCUAGUAACCGGAUGUGUUGUCUGCGAUUUUUGGUUUGAGAACUCAUGCACCAGGCAAUUAUGCUUGUUCUUUAAAAUUGACACUUCAGAUAGGCGGCGGCUUCUAGCAACGUUUCAGAAAGUCCAAGUCUUGGUGCAGUGUAAGUGGAAUGUAGAGCAUACUAAAGACCAACUAGCUUGAGAACACCUAAGAUGAAGAUGGGAAAGACGCUCGCUCCGGAGGCAGGCCUGCCAUGUGUAAUACCAGACGGUGUCGAAAUGCAUGCUGUUGGGACGUUUUCUGCCGAACAUGCUUCUUGCGGGCCAAGUCAUGAUUGGCAAUGUGGACGAUGUCAAUCUGACUUCGUGCCCGUCAUGGCGGAAGCUCUUGCACUGAAUGCGGCGUCAAGAGUGGUCUGAGAGGGUAGCUGGCGACGAGGAUCAUAUGUCAGACCGGCUGCAGCCCACCAGCACCAAGUCAGUUGAGACUCUAGUUUCCCUACUUGAGCGUUGAUCAUCCGUCUCGUACUUCAUCGCGGGCGUUGCGGUCUCAACACACAGCCGUACAAAGUCUAAAGUCAAAGUUAAGUAGAAGCAAGUUACGGAAGGGAAGGAUCAAAGAACCGGGCGUCCGUAUCCAGCUAAAGCUGGUGCGGCACAUGCCCGUUUUGCGACAGAACGGAUCGGGACGCGUAUACCGUUAGUUGUCAGUUUUCUUGGCCGGUACGAGACGAGACUUCUCCGCAGGUCUGCGAUGAGUGGAAAGUUGUAUGAGAUAUUUUAUAUGUCUUCAACGUGAAGAAGUAUAAGCCGGAGGAGGCUCAUUGAGUGGCACCUGCAGGAUUCCUCAAGUUAGUCCUCCGAACCAAGAAAAAUAAUAAUCAUAAUAAUAAUAAUUAUUUUUU